AUGUCUACUUUAGAUUCUAAUGAUUAUUUUAACGAUGAUGUUGAUUUAAAUAUAAUUCCAUCAACUCCUCAAGUAAAUCCAACUCAAGAUGUAAAUGAGCAGGAUGUAAAUGAAGAAGAAGAGGAUAUCACCAAGUCUGGGUAUGAUUAUAAAGUAAAUGUAGACUGUUAUAUUCCAAAUAAUAGCAACGAAACUUUUGAGUGUUAUUAUAACUUAUUUAAAGAUUACUGCGCAGCAGUGCAAGAUCUGAAAAACGAGAAGGAUGUAGUAAUUCAGAAACAAAUUCGAAACGUUAUAAACGAAAUGAUUCAGUUUCACCAAAACAAUGUAUUGGAUCAGGAAUGGAUGUCAGUGCUGUUCGAAAUGAUGAAAAAUGCGGGGGAAGAGCGGUCCAUAUUAUGUCUAGUGGUGUCAGCAGCAAUAUGCGCCGGUUUGGAAAAACGGAAAUUACUGCCCGUCACAUCGGAUGCGGUCGUGGAAGUCAUUUACACAUUCUUAUGUUAUUGCCAUACAAUAAAAGCUCUGGAAACUUCGCAAUUGACCCAAACGUUGUGGGAAGGCAUUUGUUCACGGCUCUUGGAAGAGGUCGAUGUGAGUUUUGCUAUGUCGAGCCAAGUUUAUUUAAUAGUCUCCCAUGUUUGGACCACCACACUCAUAAAAAAACAACUUGUGAUGGAUGCGUUAGCCGCAGUCGCUCAGCUAACCCUAGAAAAUGCCAGGAUUGUAAUUUCUCAUAUUCAUUUAAAAUCAUCGACACCUCAGAGUAUUAUGAAUCUUGCAAAGCUUAUAUCCUUCAGAAAGUGUCCUAUAAGGCAGAGCAGUGUGCAGAAUCUUGUGAAAAUUGUGCCCAGUGCAUUCACGCUGAAUAUGCCGAAGAGCCAGGCACCCUUAUCGAAUUAUUUUCAAAUCCAAUCUACAAAAGCCCAACCUAUGACGAACAUAUCGACUUCAUCAAUAACAAGCUCGAAAAAGCGCAAGAAUAUGCAGAAAAACGAAGAGAAUCAUCCUCCAAAAGCAAUUAAAAACAUUGACAAGUUUGAAUACACCGUUAAAGAAAAUAAUACAAGAGAAUCACUUAUCAAAAAUAGUGGAGUACUCUCAACAAAUAAUGAGCAGAUUAUACCAGAUAUAUCUAAAAAGAAAAGAACUUCGAAGACCUUCAAUAAAAGAAGACGAAACAUUAGAAGGCUACUCGGACGAAGAGGCAACAGCGAUAUACCUAUAAUGGAUAAAUUAACUUUUUAUAAUUGUAAUUUAAUAUUUCUAAUGUAAACUUUUAUUAAAGAAAAACAUAUUAAUAA